UGUCCCCUGGGCAUAUUUUGGGAGGGUCGGGAUGCGAUUAAGUGUGCCAAGACAAUGGCUGCAAAUGUCUGCUCAAAACUAAAAGAUGUGAUAAACAAAUCAACCCUUAAUGACUUCAAGGCAGUCUUUGAGACGCUGAUGUGCAAAGAUAAGUUAAAAAUGGAGCCGUAUCCGGAAAACAGCUCAAACAGCUUAUUCAAUCUGCUCUCCUGGAGUGAACUUAAAGCCUUUACCUUCUUGUCUGACGAUUUCGGUGGUGAGACGAAUGGAGGCGGGAAAUGUAUUGACCAGUUGCACUUCAGUAUGCUUUCGAGGGAGCAGUCGCGAUGUCACAGUACCCUUGUUUACAAAGCUGAGUGUUUCGGCUGGUACUGCGAGGAUGCAGAUGAGGAUGCCGCCUAUCGGGAAGCAUGUGAGGAAUAUGAGAACUGGAUCGACCACGUGAUUACUUUAGUGCCUACUGUGUCCGAUCCAGCUGACUGCAUAUACGAAACUGGCCUCACCGCCUGUCUGCUUGAACUGCAAACAGCUGGACCGGACAUUGCACUGCCGUAA